GAAGGAACAACCCACGGACCCACUGCUGGAUCAACUUUUCUUCCGUCUGGUUUCUGUCACCGAACCAACAGCUCUUUGUCUGUGUCAGGGUGAAGCUCCGUCUCUAUGCUGAAGGAUUCACAGCCAAAGUUGGUGCGUUAGAGGCGGCCAGACGCAGCGCCAAGAGCGCACUUUAUUUUCCUGAGAUCCACUGAAGAGGAAAAGCGGAAGAAGGACUGAAACUGGACGGAGCCUGGACAAGUUGACAGUUUUAGUUAUGUUUGGGACUUAUUGAAUAAGCAGCGUGUUUAUGAAUAUAUAAACGACACUGCAGCCUGUGAGGGCAGCGAAUUGGAAGCUGGGUCUUCUAUAACACCAUGAAGGAGUGAGAACAGGGGGCAGAGAUGGCAGAGCUGGAGAUUGACCAAUCCAACCUUCCACGUGUCCAAGAAGUUUGCCAGACCUUUGCUGUGCUGGAGGAUGGCGUUCUGGCACACAGCCUGCAAGAGCAGGAGAUUGAGCAAUACUAUACCACCAAUAUCCAGAAGAAUCAGCUGGUGCAAAACGACAUCCGUAUAGCCAGGAGGCUGCAGCAUGAGGAGGAGCAGCAGCGGCGGGCUCAGCAGAGCGCCCUCAAACAGGUUUCCAGACAAAUAGAGGAGCGGGACUUUGAAUAUGCUCGGGCAAUUCAAGAAGACCUCCGACGCUGUGCUGAGGAGGCAAAGAGGAGGGAGCAAGAUGAUGAGGAAAUAGCUAAACGGCUACAGGAAGAGGAGGAGCAGGAGAUCAGGAGAAGGAGCCAAAGCCAAGAGGAUUUUCAUGAAGGCAGCACCAGUGACCCUGCGCUGCCCUCCUCUCACCAGCACACGUUCGGUCGCCCUCUGCGAGGAGAGGAGCAGUACUUAUCUGUCACCACCAGGUGGCAACAUUCUACCUCUCACCGUGGUUCUGUGUUAACUGGGCCUCAGACUAGUUCUCCCAGGGGAGCAGUAUCUCAGAGCAACACAAAUUCAUGGUCAAAUCAAGGACAGGUAGACACCAGGGGGGCGGAACUGAGAGAGACUAUUAAUGAAGAUUCAGACGACUUGGAUGCAGUUUUUACUGAACAGCUUUCUCUUUGGGCCAGGCGCUUGUAUCACAGAAACACUGCCCCCCCUCAAAAGCAGGCCUCUUCUAGACCCCCACAAGAGAGGAAUUACAGAAGUCUCAGCACUCGCAGCAGCUUCACACAGAACCUCAAAAGCUGGGAGGAAGAGACAGGGAACUGUGCAGAAGACUGCUAUGACAAUGAGUGGAGAGUGCCUAGAAACGUGGAUACUGAAAGGAAGAACAGAAAUGCAUAUGAAGACGAACAUGAGGAAUUGGACAGGAGGUCAGCUAAGGUUUCUGAAAGGCGAUGCCGGCGCAGUGAAUCGGUGCGCAUACAUGACCAAAGAGGUCACAGAAACAGGGACUUGGCCAGAACCUGGAGCUACAAGGAGAACCCUGAUAAGCGCGUCCACUUCCAGGAUGACCAAAGGAGAUCUAUCAGGCAGAACAAUGAAAGCCGGAAGGUUUGGGAGAUGCUCGGUCAAAUCCUGCAGGAGAGGGGUGUGCCUGUGAAGGUUAGUGACAGCGGGGCGCCACUACAGAUAAGGCCUCAAAGCAGAGACAGCCAGGUGCUUCAUGGGAGUGAGGUCUCCUAUGGUGGCUCCCAACCACAUCAGAGAGCCUUCUACAGAGCUGCCACCACCAGGCAUAGUUUCCAUGGAGAUAUCCGGCAGAGAAGGAGAUUGUCAAAUGGAGAAAACAUUGGGAGAGUUUACAGAGAAGACCAAGACAUGCACCAUUAUAACAGAGCGGUUUCUGAGAUUCAUAGAGAAAGAGAUAGCAAUACAAGGAAGAAAGACCACAAAUAUGCAAACACUGACAAUGACAGAGAAAGAAAUGCAAAUCAACCCCGGAUAAGGAGGACAACAAGUGAGCGCAGGCACUGGCAUAAGAUCCCAGAGCAAACAUUAAGCUCAGAGGAGGAGCAGGAGGUGGAGAGAAGAGCAGAGCGUCCGAGAAGAAGAGCCCUACACCGUAGCCAAAGCUUCAGCACCAGCAGGGGUUCGACCAGACAUAGGUCAAAGCACAUAGCAGCAGGGGCCUCACUCCAACCAGGACCAAGAGAGGCAGGACUGGACCUUGGAGAGCUGCAUCAGGUCCUACAAGAUGAAGAACUGGCUCGUAAACUUCAGGAGGAGGAAGAAAAGGAGUUAAGGAGGACAUCUUUACGCAAUUCCUACCCAGAGGGGGACUUCAGAGUAGCUCAAGUUGCACAAGAUGAGGAAAUUGCACACUUUAUGCAGAAGGAGGAAAUGAAGGCAGAGCGAAGAUCUCGUGAACUGGAAGGGCCGGGGUCUUGGCACGAGCACAGAGCCAUGAUUAGUCACUAUGAAAGACGAGCUGCCAGGGAGAGACCGGUCCAAAGAGAGAGACUUGACUCAGAGGGUCUUCCAUCACCUACUGAAGAAUGUUCCCCAGAGAACCAACCACCCAGCCCUAUUCAUGCUAUACCAAAAUCCCAGCAGAUGAGAAACAUUGCAGAGGAGCUGGACCCUACUUUCCCAACCCACAGCCAUGUCCCAGAGAGCUUUCGAGCAGGACCAACUGGUCAAACCAUUGGACCACUCCCUGUAGCACCAUCUGGCUCACAGGACAUCCUUGAGGAACCCACAUUUAUACCACCGACAAAGAGACAGACGGAUAAAUCUGGACGAAAUAAAGCCAAAGAGAAACGAGAAGGAUGCAAGCAACAAUGAUAUUAAACAGACUGAGCUGUUGGGAUAAUUUAAUGUACAAAAAAAUGAUCUGUCUAACUAGAGUUCUCAUUGCCUAUUGCUUUAUUUUAAAAA